ACCACCAGUUCGUUUCUUGAGUGGGAGAGACGAAGCUGUUCUUCUCUAUUUCUUUACUCUCUUUCUCUCUCUCAUCUUCAUCAUUACAAAUCGAAUCCUUUGUUUUAAUUUCUGUACAUAUUUCUUUCUCUUCUUCUUCUUCAACGGAUCUUAAAUCUCUGUUUUUUCUUUUUUCUUUUUCUUUUUUUUUGCUUUUGAUUUCAUCAUCAUUCUCUUCAUUUUCAGUUCAGGAUUUCAUUCUCUCCUCCAUUUUCAACCACUGCUCCAAUUUUUUGUUCCUUCUUCUGUUUCUUCCUCACUAUAUUCCAUUCCCUUUUCCCCAAUCUCUCUCCCUUCUCUCUGCAAUUGCAGAUCUAGGUUUUUGAACUGCCCCAGAUGCGAGAUUUGUUCUUUUAUUCUCUUCACUUCCUUGGAUCUGUCAACUUCCCCGCGGAUUUCAAAUUUCAUUAGACAAUCCCUCCGAGAUCUGCUUCAAUUCCUCCCAUUUUCCCCCCUUCUUCUUCUUCCGGUAUGUAAUACUCAUACUGCUGCAUAAAGCAGAGUUUUUUUCUCGUUUUCUUUUUGGAGCUUAAAUAUAUUUUUCUUCAGAAAGUUUUUGCUUCUUCUUCUUUUUCCUUUCCCUGGGGAAAGUUGGGUCUAUUUUUAUAAUUUUUUUUCUCCUGGGAAAGUUUUGUUUUUGGGGGAAUUUUCUGUUUGGAUGCUGAGAAACGAUGAAUUAUUUUCCCGACGAGGUUUUAGAACAUGUUUUCGAUUAUGUAACGUCUCACCGGGACCGGAACGCGGUGUCCUUGGUGUGCAAAUUGUGGUACAGAGUUGAUAGAUUUAGUAGACAGAAAGUGUUCGUCGGAAAUUGCUAUUCGAUCACGCCGGAGAGGGUAAUCGGAAGAUUCCCCUGUGUUAAAUCCCUAACCCUAAAGGGAAAGCCCCAUUUCGCUGAUUUCAAUUUGGUCCCUCAUGAUUGGGGUGGCUACGUUUACCCUUGGAUCCAAGCCUUUGCGAAGCGCAGGAUUUCCCUCGAGGAGCUUCGUUUGAAGCGGAUGGUCGUCACCGACGACAGUCUCGAGCUUCUUUCUCGAUCCUUCCCCAAUUUCAAGUCCCUUCUGCUUUUCAGCUGUGAGGGAUUUACCACCAAUGGCCUUGCUGCCAUUGCUGCCAAUUGCAGGUUUCUGAGGGAGCUUGACCUGCAAGAGAAUGAAAUUGAUGACCAUAGUAAUUACUGGCUUAGCUGCUUCCCGGAGAGCUGCACGUCGCUUGUCUCCCUGAAUUUUGCUUGCCUCAGAGGAGAAGUGAAUCUGGGUGCUCUUGAGAGGCUUGUAGCAAGAUCUCCUAACCUCAAGAGUUUGAGGCUGAACCGUGCAGUGCCUAUUGAAACCUUGCAAAAUAUAUUGGCAAAUGCUCCUCAACUUGUGGACUUGGGCACCGGGUCUUACGUUCAUGAUCGAGAUUCUGAGAUCUAUGACAAUCUCAAGAACACCCUUCUGAAAUGCAAAUCAAUCAGGAGUUUAUCUGGUUUUUUAGAUGUUUCUCCUUGCUGCCUGGCCUCCAUUUACCCAAUUUGCUCCAAUUUGACAUCCUUGAACCUGAGCUAUGCUCCUGGGCUUCAUGGCAAUGAGCUCAUAAAGGUCAUUCAGUAUUGCGAGAGACUUCAACGAUUGUGGAUUCUGGAUGGUAUUGGAGACAAAGGACUGGAAGUUGUUGCUUCAUCUUGUAACGAAUUGCAGGAAUUGAGGGUUUUCCCAUCUGACCUCUCCGGGGCUGGUAAUGUUGCUGUCACAGAAGAAGGUUUGGUAGCCAUAUCGAAGGGGUGCCCCAAACUUCAUUCGAUAUUGUACUUCUGCCAUCAGAUGACAAAUGCUGCCCUUGUAACUGUAGCAAAGAACAACCCAAACUUCAUACGUUUUAGGCUGUGCAUCCUCGACCCCACAAAACCAGAUCCUGUUACUGGGUAUCCACUGGAUGAAGGUUUUGGGGCGAUUGUUCAAGCGUGUAAAGGUCUGAGACGUUUAUCUCUCUCAGGCCUUCUUACGGAUCAGGUAUUUUAUUACAUUGGUGAAUAUGCAAAGCAUCUAGAAAUGCUUUCGUUAGCAUUUGCUGGGAACAGUGACAAGGGAAUGAUUCACGUAUUGAGUGGUUGCAAGAAACUUCGCAAGCUCGAGAUCAUGGACAGCCCGUUUGGUGACAUGGCACUUCUGCAGGACGUUGGGAAGUAUGAAACAAUGCGAUCCCUUUGGAUGUCGUCCUGUGAGAUUACUCUUGGUGGCUGCAAGACAUUAGCAAAGAAGAUGCCGAGGCUGAACGUGGAGAUCAUCAACGAGAAUGAUCAGUUGGGAUUCUGCCGCAAUGUGGAUAUGAUCAACGAGAAUGGUCAGUCAGAAGUCUGCCGUGAUGAUGAGCAGAAAGUAGGGAAAAUGUAUCUGUACCGUACAUUAGUAGGACCAAGGAAAGAUGCUCCUAAGUUUGUAUGGACAUUGUAGAUUGAUACUUCUUUCCAUCAAGGCUUCUGAAUUUUACUUUGUACCUUUUUCUUUGUUAGGCAAACUGACCAGUGGGAUUUUUAUUUAGCUAUGUGAGCUUAGUGUAUUGGUGUUUAUUGUAAUUAUUGGGAGUUUUUCAAUUUGUAAUCUGCAUUGAUGUUAGACAGACUUUGCAAUUCCAGUUUUCUCAUUUCUCAA